CAGUAGCGGAGAAACAGUGUGUGAAUGUGGCAACAGGGAGACAGGGAGGGGUAGACCAGACUAGACCAUGGUUUUACAUUUUUUUCUGAUCCCACCCGCGAUAUAACCAAUUAUUUACAUCCUACCAAACGCACCGACCACGUCGGGUAACUUUUCGGAACAGCACGCGUUUCUUUCCUGGGGAUUAAAGCAACCUGAGAGCAACACAGAACAAGAAGAAGAAGCAGAAUAAAGACCAUGGUGCUUUAAGAGCGAGAGGAGCGCCGGACGCGUAGCGGGCGACACACACGGGGGGAAGGAUGGACCAAGCCUGCAUCCUGAGAAAGUUUAUCGAGGGGGUCACCGCCAUGAGAGAAGGGGACGAGCGGGGAGAGGACAACUUCGGCAGUGACUUCAUGAGGCUUCGCCGGCUGUCCACCAAGUACCGUACGGAGAAGAUCUACCCCACCAACGUAGGAGAGAAGGAGGAGAACGUCAAGAAGAACCGAUACAAGGACAUCCUUCCAUUUGAUCACACCAGGGUGAAGGUGACGUUAAAAACAACCAAUCAGGACACAGAUUACAUCAAUGCCAACUUUAUUAAGGGUAUGGAUGGGCCUGAGGCCUACAUCGCCACACAGGGACCCCUCCCCAACACGGUCAUGGACUUCUGGAGGAUGAACUGGGAGUACAACGUUGCGGUUAUUGUGAUGGCAUGCAGAGAGUUUGAGAUGGGCAGGAAAAAGUGUGAACGGUAUUUUCCGAUGCUGGGGGAGGAGCCGAUGUCUUUCGGGCCCUUCAGAAUCUCGUGUGAAUCAGAACAGACCAGAACAGACUACUUCAUCAGGACCCUGCUGGUGGAGCAUGAAGAGGAGUCGCGGAGGCUGACCCAGUUCCACUACAUGAACUGGCCCGACCACGACGUGCCCUCGUCCUUCGACUCCAUCCUGGACAUGAUCGCCCUGAUGAGGGAGUACCAGGACACGGACGACGUACCCCUGUGCAUACACUGCAGUGCUGGCUGUGGGAGGACAGGUGCCAUCUGUGCCAUCGACUACACGUGGAAUUUGCUCAAAGCUGGGAAGAUUCCAGAAGAUUUCAACGUUUUCCGGUUGAUCCAGGAGAUGAGGACACAGCGGCACUCUGCAGUCCAGACAAAGGAGCAGUAUGAGCUGGUCCAUCGAGCCAUCGCACAGCUCUUCCAGAAGCAGCUGCUCUUCCUGGAGAGUCCGACCAGCACGCCCAUUCACGACGGCAUGGUCGAGAGCAGUCCGGAUAAGAUCUGCCACCAAUCAGACGAGGAGCGCUGGGACACGCCCCCCCCAAAACCACCUCGGGUUCGCAGCUCCCAGGUGGACGGGGGGGGGGGGGAUGUGAAGGAGGAGAUCCUGCAGCCCCCUGAGCCCCGGCCGGUGCCCCCCAUCCUCACCCCGUCCCCCCCCUCGGCCUUCCCCACGGUGACCAACGUGCGGCAGGACAACGACCGCUACCAUCCCAAGCCCGUCCUGCACGUCCUGGCCAGCGCUCAGCACAACAUGGCCAAGAACCAAGUCGACGCCCACUCGGCGAGCCGGCCCCCGGACCAGAAGGACCGCCCCAACGCCGACCUCAACGAGAACUACAGCAGCAAGUCGUCGGCGUCGGCGGCGGCGGGCGGGACCCCGACGCCCUCCUCCUCGUCCUCCUCGCCCCUCUCCCCCCCCGCCGCCGAGGGCUCCGGCGUGCCGCGCGUCGAGCGCAAGCUGAGCAUCGAGAUCAAGAAGGUCCCGCUGCAGGAGGGCCCGCGCAGCUUCGACCCGUCGGCCGCCGCCGCCGCCGCGGGCGGGGCCGCCAUCGCCGCCGGCGGCAACACCAACAGCUCCAUCCUCCAACGCACCCACGCCUUCAAGAGCCGGGGCAGCCAGCCGCUGCUCACCUCCUCCUCCUCCCUCUCGGAGGACUCCGGCGCCGAAGGGGGCGGAGCUGGAGGAGGAGGAGGCGGAGCUGGAGGAGCGGGAGGAGGGGGAGGGGCAGGCAGCAGGGGCCUCCCGACCAGACCCAAUCACCUCCCUCUGGCGGGCGGGGAGAAGGAGGAGGCGCGGGGAGGGGGGGCGGAGUCCAAGCUGGGCCACGCCCCCUGGAGCAGCAGCCCCGAGAAGCACCUCCCCAAGAGCGCCACCUCCACCUCCUCUUCCUCCUCCUCCUCGGAGCGGCCCGCCCCCUCCUCCUCUUCCUCCUCCUCCUCGGAUCGGCCCGCCCCCUCCUCCUCCUCCUCCUCCUCCUCCACCCCGGUCAGGACAGCGCUGUGCUUCACCAACCCGCUGCACUCGGACAACUCGGACGAGGACGGCGACGGGGAGAUGGGCGGGGCCAGGGAGACGGGCCCCCACCCGCGGUCCAGCGUCUCCACGGCGACGGCCACGGUGACGGCCGCCCCGCAUCACACGGACCAGCCGCCCGCCAGGAAGGUGCUGCCGCUGUCCAUCGCUGGGCAGCUCAGCCCCGCCCCCACCAGCACCGCCGCAAACCCGUCGGAAGUGAAGACCUCCGCCUCCGCCGAGUGGAGCUGUCUGCACAGAGACACGGCGGACAGCAGUAAGAAGCUGUCCCCAGCUGACCCUCCUCUCACCGGCGCCACGGCAGCGGUUGGGAAGGCGGUCCUGGGCGGGACCCGCUAACUCCCCGCGCUAUGGAGCCCCCAGUCCAGCCCACGACCCCCCACAACGGACAG